CCAACCAUUAUGUUCCGCUUCUAUAAAAGUGUUAUUCUAGGAACAGAACCUAAAAGUUUGUCAGUUUUUUACGUUCAGCAAUUAUUAUUUUUACAAUGAAUAAUCAAAACCUGGACUUAAAAAGUGCGUGGAUUACGAUUAAAGAAGCUUUUCCAAUCUUAGAAAGUCCUUCAAAGAUCCCUGAUAAUGAUUUCGACUCUGCCCCUUUUGAGGCAAUCAGCAUUAUCAAAAGGCUCAAUUUAACACAGCAAAUUCAGGAUUUGGUCAUAAUUAAAAUAGAAGAACGUUUGAGGAAGGAAAUAGUCCCAGAUUUUUGGUCCCACUUUAAGAAAACCGAGAACGAGGCGGCAGUUUUUCACGAGUUCUACAGUGUGGUUAAAUUUUUGUUUCACAAUUAUGUGCAGCUCGAUUUAAUUAUUAACAAGUUGAUACUGUUGAGAGAAGCAAGCAAUUUCACUAAACCAGUGUACAAUCAAACUUGCCUGCAUGAAGCUUUAAAAUUAAUCGUUAGGGCCGUCUUGUUAUCCCAACUCCCCAUUGAUCAUGAAUGGAUGAUAGUAAAUUUUUACGAAACGGCGCUUAAAAUGCAGGACCCGGAGGAAGAAAAUAGCACAAGUGGGGAGUGUGUUGUGUGCAUGCAAGAGGAAUUUUCCUGUUCUUGUCGUGAAAUGUUUGAAGAAACUAAUAAGAAAUUGGGCAAGAUGACUUUAUUGGAACCGUUAGUUGGCCAGGCUCUCACUGAUUUAAUUUAUAGUUACAUUCAGACACAUAUCCAGAAAAUCUGUAAAGACAAUUUUGAUAAUUCGCACAUUGAGAGUCUAGAAAAGUGGCUUCAAACGGUUGUUAUUUCAUGGUUGAAAAAAAUUUACUUUCAUAAUUCGGCAGUCAAGGCCAUGGAUGAGUUUGACAAAAAACUAAUCAAUUAUUUAUACAACACUUACACCAAAAUACGAAUAGAUCAGUUAUUUAACAUCAUAAUUGAAUAUCCUGAUUCUCUUCCGGCCCUUGACGACCUUCGACUAUGCCUUCCAAAAACCGACCUAAAACCCCACUUAACUCGGUCGUUGCAAAAAGCAAUUGAAACAAGAUUAUUACAUCCAGGAGUAAGCACGUUUGACGUUCUGACGGCUUACGUGGCUACAAUUCGGUCAUUGCGGAUUUUGGACCCCUGUGGACUGCUUCUAGAGACAAUUACUCAACCGGUUCAUCAGUAUUUAAGGAGUCGGGAAGACACAAUAAGGUGUGUGGUGGGUAGUUUGACUGAAGAGGGCCCAAAUGAUUUAGCUGAAGAGCUGGUCCGGGGCGAAGCCGUGCAAGUGGACGAGAACAUUUCGGUCGAUGAGGGGGUUGAAGACUGGGAAACGUGGACCCCAGAUCCGGUAGAUGUCGUCCCCAGCAAAUCUUCGGGACUUCCCCGCACUUCUGACAUCAUCUCAAUGCUUGUCAACGUCUACGGCAGUAAGGAGCUGUUCGUCAACGAAUACCGCACCUUAUUAGCCGAUCGUCUUUUGUCGCAAUACUCCUGCGACACCGAGAAAGAAAUUCGUUAUCUUGAACUCCUGAAGUUGCGCUUUGGUGACUCCCAACUCCACUUUUGCGAAGUUAUGUUGAAAGAUAUCGCCGAUUCGAAGCGAAUCAAUCAACAUAUUCAGCAAGACUUGAGUUAUUCAGACGAUGAUAUUCCCAUGUCUGCCAUGAUCCUAAGCGCACAGUUUUGGCCAGCGUUCAAGGACGAGAAGCUUGAACUCCACGAAAAAUUGGUGAAACAGAUGGAGAGUUACACUGGUGCUUUUGAAACUUUAAAAGGUAGCAGAACCCUGUGUUGGAAAAAUCAUUUAGGAAUUGUGGAUCUUGAAAUUGAAUUGGCGGAUAGGACUUUGAAUUUGUCGGUUUCACCGGUGCAUGCGACGAUUUUGAUGCACUUCCAAGAUCAGAAUACUUGGUCUUUGGAAGCUUUGAGUAAAGUAAUGCACGUUCCGUCGACAAUUUUACGGCGCAAACUGAGUUUCUGGCAAUCACACGGGAUCAUAACUGAGCCCGAACCCGACGUUUUUUAUCUACAGGAGGAACAGGAAAAUAACGAAAAUAAUAUACAGGAUGAUAUUGUUGUUGAAGAUUUUGAAUCAGAGUCGGCGAUGGCCAGCGCUCAAGACCAACGCGAAGAGGAAUUACAGACUUUCUGGUCGUACAUUUUGGGUAUGUUGAUGAAUUUGGACACUUUACCUUUGGAGAGAAUCCACCAAAUGUUGAAAAUGUUCGCAUUCCAAGGACCCACAAUUGAGUGCAAUUUGCAGGAACUGAAAGUGUUUUUAGAUAGGAAAGUUAGAGAGCAUCAGUUGAUUUAUUCAAACGGACUGUAUAGAUUGCCUAAAUAGCUUUAUUUUAUAUUUAUAA